CACAGCACUGUUGAGAUUUGUCUACUGUACACAGUCACCCAAAAGCAGCUCCGUCCGGCGGAGACAGUACAUUCUCUGUCUCCCCGCCGUCGCGUCUCAUUCCUCCUAUUAAUAUUUUACGCUCCUUAUGUGGUCGAAGCUUCCUUAAUCACUCAUAUAGAGGCCUACACGGGGCAAGGACCGCCUCACAUUCAAUGGCACGGGAUUAUCCUCCGCCGUGAGAUCUCGAAUCCGUUUAGGGUACACGUGCUAGGCAGCCGGACGAGCUCCUCCCUCAAGUUAGAUCUGUAUCCAUCUGCUUAUCGGACAAUUGCUUUCGAUUCUACUCGUAUUCCUGUGCAUUUUGUUGGUGUUAGCAUUUUAAUGCCUUUGGGCCUGGGCAAUAGGAGGCUGCGUGAAUGGGCAUAAUUGCAGAUAACAUUCAAAAGUGGUUACGAACAAGGAAUUGCAUGAGUGGGCAUAAUGGCUGCAGGUAACAUUCGAAAAGUGAACCUUGACCCGUAGGUCACACUACAAAAGAAAAUUAUUAUAUUCCAAUGAAAAUCCGGCAAUAUUAUAUUCCAAUGAAAAUUUUAAGGGAUAUUCCAAUGGUAAAGCUUACAUUGGAAUGAUUCUAACUGAACCUCCAACAAAAAUACACCAAAAAUACACCGCUGGAAUGUGUUUUCCAUUAAAUUUGAUAACUGCUAUUAUACGCAUUUUCAAAGUCUUUGUGAGAUUAGAUUAUUCUUAAUUAAAAUGUUC